UUGUUUAGGGGUUUUUUUUGUCUUCUACUUGUGGCGGGAACAACAAAGCAUAGGCGGAAAUGGCGAAAGACGACGAGGAGAUGCGAGAAGAGAUCGAGGAGCGACUGAUCAGCGAAGAGUACAGGAUCUGGAAGAAGAACACUCCUUUCCUCUACGAUCUCGUCAUCGCCCACCUCCUCGAGUGGCCUUCCCUUACUGUCGAAUGGCUCCCCGACCGCGAGGAGCCGUCCGGGAAAGACUACUCCGUCCAGAAGAUGAUUCUCGGCACCCACACCCACGUGAACGAGUCCAAUUACCUGAUGCUGGCUCAGGUUCAGCUUCCCCUUGACGACGCCGAGUACGACGAUGAGAGGGCCGAGUUUGGUGGGUUUGGCUCCGCCACCGGAAAGGUGCAAGUUAUUCAGAAAAUAAAUCACGAAGGGGAGCUGAACCGAGCUCGCUACAUGCCUCAGAACCCUUUCAUGAUUGCUACCAAGACGGUUAAUGCGGAGGUGUAUGUGUUUGAUUACAGCAAGCACCCUUCUAAGCCAGCGCUUGAUGGUGCUUGCAACCCUGAUCUGAGGCUCAGAGGUCACAGCUCUGAAGGGUAUGGCCUGUCUUGGAGUACGCUCAAGCAGGGUCAUUUGCUCAGCGGCUCUGAUGACGCUCAGAUCUGCUUGUGGGAUAUUAACGCCACUCCUAAGAACAAGACUCUUGACGCUCACCAGAUCUUUAAGGCUCAUGAAGGCGCAGUGGAAGAUGUUGCAUGGCAUCUGAGACAUGAAUACCUGUUUGGAUCCGUUGGAGAUGAUCAGUAUUUUUUUAUAUGGGAUCUGCGUUCUCCAUCUGCCAGUAGACCAGUACAGUCUGUGGCUGCUCACUCCAUGGAGGUUAACUGCUUAGCCUUCAAUCCACUUAAUGAGUGGAUUGUGGCGACAGGGUCAACUGAUAAGACUGUUAAAUUAUUCGAUCUGCGGAGGUUAAGCAAUGCUCUUCACUCAUUUGAUGGCCAUAAAGAGGAGGUUUUCCAAGUUGGUUGGAGCCCGAAAAACGAGACUAUCUUAGCCUCAUGUUGCUUCGGUAGAAGACUUAUGGUUUGGGAUGUUAACAGGAUUGAUGAGGAGCAGACAGCAGAGGCUGCGGAGGACGGCCCACCAGAGCUGCUGUUUACACAUGGUGGUUACGCCGCCAAAAUUUCAGAUUUCUCAUGGAACCCUUGUGACGAUUGGGUAAUUUCCAGUGUAUCUGAGGACAACAUACUCCAAAUAUGGCAAAUGACUGAGACCAUAUAUCAUGAUGAGGAUGAUGCUCCAGGGGAAGAACCAUUAAGAGGUUCCUAGCUUAUUGUUAGGUUCCUGUCUUGUUUGAUACAUCUCUUCUUUUGAUCUGCUCCCGUAUUUAUUGUAAUACAUCUCUUCCUUUGAGCUGCUCCCGUAUUUAGUGUAAGUUAUGUAAAACUAGACAUGAGAUUUCCUUGUGACAUGUUGGUUAAAAGAAUUGUUUGUUGCGAUAUCA